AUGUCAACAAGUGGUGAGUAUCCGCCUGUUAGAUAAUGUUUCAAUUAAUACUGCCAAAGUUCUUUUGAUUUGAAAGUAGCCAAAUUUUCUGAUUCUACUAUCCUCUUAUGUGGUACUUGCUAUGAACUUUACAAGAGAAGGAAGUGUUGCUACUUUUGUGCUCAGGUGUAUAAGGAUGACGAAUAGAAUUUCCUGGAUGGCAAGAAGUGGGUUUAAUGUGAUAAUCAACGAUGUGGGAAAUGGACACACAUCGAUUGCGAAGUUUCAGACAUUGAAUCGUAAUUGUAACAUAAAAGUUUCAGAUACAAAUGUCCUUGGUGUAGGAUUGAGAAAGAUAAAAAGAAAAAGCAGUCAUAGCCCACAAAAUCAUUAAUAAAUUAAGAUCAAGCAGAUCAGUCUGAUCAAGAUCCAGAAUAUGUGCAUUCUUUGACAAAAAAGGCUUCAUUGGAAGAAGCCAUUGUUUAAUAAAACUAUGAGCCUUGGUUGAAAAAAAAUACAUUCUUGGAAGAAUUGUUAAAAAAAAAUGGAGAGUUUACUUAGUGCAUAAAUUAAGAGGAACUGUAAAGCGACUUGGUCAAAAUGAGGACUUUACUAAAAAAAUGAUUUAAAUUUAUUAUAGAUUGUAAAAUUUAGUAUUCUCA